AUGCCUCAAGCCAGAGCCACCAAUAUCCUCAUUAUUGGUGCGGGCAUAACCGGCCUCAGCACCGCGACUCUACUUCAAAAGUACUUCCCGUCGGCCAAAAUCACCAUUGUGGCCGCCGAAACGCCCACGACAACAUCUCCAUCGGUAGACUAUGCCUCCAUGUGGGCAGGCGCCCACUACCGUCCAAUUCAUCCGCUCUCCACCGAACAACUCAAAGAGGAAUUCAGAAUGGGCGUGUGGACGAGGGAUAUUAUGAAAGGUAUCGCGCGAGACAUUCCGGACUCGGGAGUAGGUUUUAUGCCUGCGGUCGAGUACCUUGAGGAUCCGCCCCAGGAACUUUUGGACAUCACGCCCGGAUAUGAAUAUGCAGGUCCAGAUGAUGAGUUCCGCGUCCUGCGCCAGGAUGAGUUGCCAGCCGGUGUAAGGUGGGGAUGUGAAUAUCAGAGUUAUUGCAUCAAUAUCCGGAAAUAUUCUCGCUGGUUGAUGGAUAGAUUCCUGGCGAAUGGAGGACGACUUGUUCGACACCGCCUCUUAAACGUAGCCGAUGCAUUCGACUUUGCGGAGCGGAAUCGACUUGGGAAAGUGUCAGUGGUGGUAAAUUGCUCGGGGAGAAACUUUGAUCAUGAUCCUAAGACAAAGAUCAUUCGCGGUCAGACAGUCCUAGUGAAGCAACAAUACACCAAGACAAUUACUCGGCAGAAUGCAGAUGGGAGUUGGAUAUUCUUGAUCCCACGACCGCAAGGUGGGGGGACGAUCGUGGGCGGAACGAAGGAGAUUGAUGAUUGGCAUGAUGCCCCUCGCUCGGAGACAAGGGCGAAUCUGCUGAAGCAGUCGGUGGAGAAGUUUCCCUAUUUUGUCGACUCGAUAGAGAAAUUCGAGGUCGUACAAGAUAAUGUCGGCCGCAGACCGUGGCGGGAAGGUGGCUAUCGGAUUGAAAUCGAAUCCGUUGGAUCGGGGAGAACCGUUGUCCAUGGGUAUGGUGCCGGCGGUCGAGGCUAUGAGAUGAGUUGGGGCGCUGCUGAGAGGAUCCUUGAGCUGGUCAAGGAGUCUGUCGGUACAGGCGCCCGGCUGUGA